AUGGAGUUUCCUGGCCUGGGGGCCCUGGGGUCCUCAGAGCCCCUGCCCCAGUUUGUGGAUCCUACUCUGGUGCCCUCACCACCGGAGUCUGGGGUCUUCUUCUCCUCUGGGCCAGAGGGCUUGGAUGCAGCUACUUCCUCCACUGCCCCGAGCACUGCCAGCACAGCAGCAGCCCUGGCCUAUUACAGAGACACUGAGGCUUACAGACAUUCCUCAGUCUUCCAGGUGUAUCCACUGCUCAAUUGUAUGGAGGGGAUCCCAGGGGGCUCACCCUAUGCCAGCUGGGCCUACGGCAAGACUGGACUCUACCCGGCCUCAACUGUGUCCCCUGCUCGAGAGGAUUCUCCUCCCCAGGCUCCUGAAGACCCCGAAGGGAAAAGUGGCAGCAGCUUCCUGGAGACUUUAAAGACAGAACGGCUGAGUCCAGACCUCCUGACCCUGGGCCCUGCCUUGUCUUCACCCAUCCCUGUCCCCAGCAGUGCCUAUGGGGGCCCUGAUUUUUCCAGUACAUUCUUUUCUCCCACUGGGAGCCCCCUUAAUCCAGCAACCUAUUCUUCUCCUAAGCUUCGUGGAACCCUGCCCCUGACUUCUUUUGAGGCCAGGGAGUGUGUGAACUGUGGUGCAACGGCCACUCCACUGUGGCGGAGAGACAGGACUGGCCACUACCUAUGUAAUGCCUGUGGCCUCUAUCAUAAGAUGAAUGGGCAAAACAGACCUCUCAUCCGGCCCAAGAAGCGCCUGAUUGUCAGUAAACGAGCAGGUACUCAGUGCACCAACUGCCAGACAACUACCACGACGCUGUGGCGAAGAAAUGCCAGCGGGGACCCUGUGUGCAAUGCCUGUGGCCUCUACUAUAAGCUCCAUCAGGUAAACCGCCCUCUGACCAUGCGGAAGGAUGGUAUUCAGACACGAAACCGCAAAGCAUCUGGCAAAGGGAAAAAGAAGCGGAGUUCGAGUCUGGGAGGUGCAGCAGCUACAGAAGGAGCAGCCAGUGGCUUCAUGGUGGUGGCCGGAGGCAGUGGGAGCGGGAAUUGUGGGGAGGUAGCCUCAGGCUUGACAUUGGGCCCAUCUGGUACUGCUCAUCUUUACCAAGGCCUGGGGCCUGUGGUGCUGUCCGGGCCUGUUAGCCAUCUCAUGCCUUUCCCUGCACCCCUACUGGGCUCCCCUCCAGGGUCGUUCCCCACAGGGCCCAUGCCACCCACCACCAGUGCCACCACUGUAGUGGCACCACUCAGCUCCUGA